AUGUCAGAGCUCAACAAGUGCGUGUUUCUGGUUCUGUCUGCCGCUCAGUUCAUUCUGGGGAUGCUGGGGAAUGGUUUCAUAGUGGUGGUCAAUGGCAGCAGCUGGUUUAAGAAUAAGACAGUCUCUUUGUCUGACUUCAUCAUCACUAACCUGGCUCUCUCCAGGAUUGUUCUGCUGUGCAUUCUCUCAGUUGAUGGCAUUUUAACGGUGUUCUCUUACAAAAUGCAUGAUGAAGGAAUAGUAAUGCAAAUUAUUGAUAUUUUCUGGACAUUUACAAACCACCUGAGCAUUUGGCUUGCCACCUGUCUCAGUGUCCUCUACUGCCUGAAAAUUGCCAGUUUCUCCCACCCGACAUUCCUCUGGCUCAAGUGGAGAGUUUCCAGGAUGAUCAUACAGAUGAUCUUGGGUGCACUGCUCUUAUCGUGCGCCAGUGCCCUGUCUCUGGUCCAUGAAUUUAAGAUGUAUUCUGUUUUCAUUAGGAUGGAUGGCACAGCGAAUGUGACUGAGUAUGUUAGAAAGAAAAGAAAUGAAUAUAAAUUGGUCCAUGUUCUUGGGACUCUGUGGAACCUGCCUCCUCUGGUUGUGUCUCUGGCCUCCUACUUUCUGCUCAUCCUCUCCUUGGGGAGGCACACGCGGCAGAUGCAGCAAAGUGGCGCCAGCUCCAGAGAUCAGAGCACGAAGGCCCACAAGAGGGCCAUCAAAAUCAUCUUCUCCGUCCUCCUUCUCUUCCUGCUCUACUUUCUUGCCUUUUUAAUUACAUCAUCCAGUUAUUUCAUAUCAGAAACUGAGAUGGUGAAGACAAUCGGAGAACUCAUUACCAUGUUUUAUCCUGCUGGCCACUCAUUCAUUCUCAUUCUGGGAAACAACAAGCUAAAGCAUAUGUUCGUGGGGAUGCUGCGGUGUGAGUCUGGUCAUCUGAAGCCGGGAUCCAAGGGACCGUUUUCCCUGUAG